AUACUUUAGACUGUUUUAACAAUUGAUGAAAAUAAAUAUAUUUGUAUGUAAUUAAUAAAGUUUUUAUCUAGAUUACAUAGAUAAGAUUCAAAGAAUUUCAAAUAUUACCCGCGCGUUAUGGUCCAGAGGAAAAUUGCGAGUUUUCAGGCCUGUAACAAAUUUUACUUCUGAAACAGUGAACUCCUAAAAGUUACAAGUGCUGAGACUGCGAUGAUAAGUGGGAAGAAUUAAAAAAAAAGAACUGUUGUAUUAAAUGCACUUACAUUUAUUAGUUUUCUUUACGUAUAUUCAAAGCUUAUUCGUGGUUUUAAUCUUUAAUGGCGAUAGUACAAUACUAGGAAAUAGAGAGCAGCGAGUAAGAUGCAAACAAUAAAGUGUGUUGUGGUCGGAGAUGGAGCUGUGGGAAAAACAUGUCUUUUGAUUUCAUAUACAACUAAUAAGUUUCCUUCGGAAUACGUGCCUACUGUUUUUGACAACUAUGCUGUAACAGUAAUGAUAGGCGGUGAUCCAUAUACGUUAGGAUUAUUUGAUACCGCUGGUCAGGAAGAUUAUGAUAGACUAAGACCUUUAAGUUAUCCGCAAACAGAUGUAUUUCUUGUCUGUUUCUCAGUUGUUUCACCAUCGUCAUUUGAAAAUGUUAAAGAAAAGUGGGUUCCAGAAAUAACUCAUCAUUGUCAGAGGACUCCAUUUCUCCUAGUUGGUACUCAGAUUGAUUUACGAGAUGACGUUGCUACUAUAGAGAAACUUGCAAAAAAUAAGCAGAAACCAAUAUCCGCGGAACAAGGAGAAAAACUUGCAAAAGAGCUCAAAGCUGUGAAAUAUGUAGAAUGUAGUGCUCUGACACAGAAAGGUUUAAAAAAUGUAUUCGACGAAGCUAUAUUGGCGGCAUUAGAGCCCCCAGAACCGGUGAAGAAAAGAAGAUGUAUGCUUUUGUAAAGCAUUUUACUGAUUUUGCAAUACAUUAUCCCUGACUACGAAGUAACAACAUUAAAAUGUAUCAGGUGAUUAUCUCCUCCAUAGUAGAUUAACGAUAGGAGGAAAUUACGUCUGUACGAAUGUUAAGAUAUAAAAAAAAGUAUUCAUUGAAGGGGCGUAUUAGAAGCCGCUUAUAUCAGCGCAACAACUGCGGUUUGCCUAUGCGUUUCCUAUAUUUGACUAUUUUUAUCUGUGUAUACAUUCCAUACAAAAUUCUUAUAUCUUGGCCUUAUUAUUUUUAAUUUUAAAAAAUUUUUUUAAAUUUUCUUAAAUAAGGUUAAUAUAGCACAUUAAUUUUGACAAGAUCAAAUAAUCCUGAUUGAUAUGCAUAGCACAAAGAAUAUAUUUUCUUUUCUUUUCUGCUUUUAACUUUGAAACUAAUUAUACCUGCACAUCGAAUAUCCUCGACUUUUGGAAAAAGUUUGAUACCAAUUAUUAAUAGAUAUGCUAUUUUUUUGUUUUAUCUUACAAUUAAUAAAUUGGUGCUAUCAAACUAAUGUAUUGGUUAAAAGUGCAAAGUAUUACACAAAAUCGUAACUUUUUAAAUUUAUUAUAAAUACGAUCAUUGUAUUACUCAUUCGACAACAUUUUCAAACUCAAUAGUUUGUUUAUUAAAGAUGAAUGCUGGUAUUUAAAGUUUUAUAAAAAGUCUGUAAGAUAUCUAUUGGCAUAGCAUGAGGGAAUCGCAGCGAAUCGUAGCAUCAAUGAAUUGGACGAAUGUCAGAUAGUUUAAAGAAUUAGCUUGCGCUGUAACAUUAGAAGGAGAAAGGAGAUAUUAAGAGACGCUUCGAUUCUCUUGCAUAUAAGUACGUCAUUAAAUAUAUGUAUAUGUAUAAUAUAUGCAUAUGUAUAUGUAUGUAUGUACAUAUAUACAUAUCUGUCACAUAUUCAAAAAAAAUUAUGCAAACAAACGAUAACAUCCAAAAAAUUGUUCUAGACGAUUCGCGUAUGGCAGCUAAAUUCGGUCGCCAAACCUUCUCCAACUCUCGGACAAUUUAAUUGCAUUUGAGCAAUGCAAACGUAUUUUUUAGUAUAUUGAAGAGUAUUGUUAUGUGUUAUCAUAUAAAUAAGCGAGGACAGAAAAUUGACAGCACUCUUACCUUAUAAGAUUAAUGAUUCUUUAUCGAUCAGAGAGAUAUAUAUGAAUCGUACACAUGUCUAAGAUAUUAGUGAAGUGUGUACAUUUUUGACUAUAAAUCAUACAUCUUUUUCCAUCAUUUCUCAUUGUUUUUCAUCAUUUUUUAAAUUUUCGUACUGCGUACAUCGACGCAAUGGAUAAAAAACGUCAUAAUUCUAAACGAUGGUAUACAGACGAUCGGUUAUCAUUAAAAGGCGAGGUACGUUAUCAUUCCGAUUCGAAGGACUAUCGGCUAUCUUAUUAAAAUCGUGUGGUAAGUCACGAAUAGACAAACAUUAAGUUAUUAAUUCUUAAAACAAGUAUUACGUGAAAAAUCUUUUAACAAUUUUUACACUAUGAACCCAGUUGGAGAUAAUUGCAUUUAUUAGCACUGUACUGUGUCGAACUAUGUAGACACAUUCGUAUUAAAAGAAAAAAGAAAAGAAAAAAAACUAUUCGCAUAAAUAUAUUUAUACCAUGUAA